UUCCUGCUGUUCAUCUGCUGUUUGCUGUCAAAUGUCAAAUAAAUAUAAACGAAACGAAAAUACUUGGAGACGAAAUUUAUAAAUAUUGCAAAAUCGAGGAAAAUAUAUACCAACUGCAACUUGCAUUUAAUUAAGUGAUCUUGUACACGUAAUAUAACAUUCCUUUAAGUAUAUUUUGAAAGUGUAAAGGGAAAGAUAUCGUUAGAAGCUAAUCUGGGUGUGUUUAGAAAUGUUUAUAAACCAAAUCCCUUAAGUUUUUUUGGAUAACAUGGAUUCGCAUAAAUUUAGUCCAGCGAAAAGUGGGCCAGUUAGCAUAACAGGGGAUACUGAUGAACCAUAUCCUAGUUUAUCUGAUUAUCACGACUACGAACCAAAUCUUGAGUUUGAUGAUUCAGAACUUCAUCAAAGUCCCACAUCUGGAUCAGUAUCAGCUGAAUUUAUUCAUAUCGAAGCAAAUGGUGUAAUGUCAAUGACAUCACCAGUUGGAGAUUUUACUGAUGAAAACUAUGAGGAAGAAUUAGCAGAAGCAUGUGAAGAAAAUUUUGAUAGUUUAAUUUUUACUUCGUCAUCUUAUCCAGAAGUAGGGGUAAGUGAUGGCAAUGGAUCUGAGAAGUAUAUGGAAAUAGAAAAAUAUGGCAUUGUAGAUGUUAAGGGAGAUGAUGCUUUAGGUCGGAAAGUUAUAGUAGUAUAUGCUUUUAGACUACCACCGCAUGGGAAAAUUGACCAUGGAUUACUGUUGAAUUAUCUAAAGUACACCCUAGAGUCCUAUGUAGAACAAGACUAUAGCCUUAUAUAUUUUCACUAUGGACUUACAAGCAAAAACAAGCCUUCUUUUACCUGGUUAGUUCAAGCUUACAAAGCAUUUGAUAGAAACUACAAGAAAAAUCUGAAGGCUCUGUAUCUAGUUCACCCUACAAGUUUUUUGAAAGUAGUAUCCCAGGUUUUAAGACCUUUGAUUAGUGCCAAGUUUGGAAAAAAGUUAAACUAUAUACAUAAUUUGAAAGACCUGAAUGAUGUCGUGCCAAUUGCCAAGUUAGAUAUUCCUAUAGAAGUAAUAGAACAUGAUAAAAAACUUAAUGGUAGUUCUCCUAUACCAUCUGUUUCUGAUAAUCAGCCCGAAGCACUAUCGCCGACCCAGCAAUUUGGGGUAACUUUACAGUUCAUUAAGGACAAUUAUAAUGUGGUUAUACCUCCAGUUGUUAAACAGUGUAUAGAGUAUUUAGAUCAACCUGAUGCCUUAGAGACAGAAGGAAUAUUUAGAAGAUCAGCUAAUAUGAGCAAAGUAAAGGCGCUAAAAGAACAAGCAAAUGCUGGGAAAGUACUCACAUUUGAAGAUCCACAUGAAGCUGCUGUGUUACUAAAGAAAUUUCUCAGGGAACUUAAAGAACCAUUACUCACAUACGAACUUUAUGAUGAAAUAAUGCAAUUUCAAAGCUUUAGUAAAGAGGAACAGUUGAGAAAUGUAUCGAUACUGGUAAUGGAAAAGCUUCCAGAAGAUAACUAUAAAACACUUAAAUACAUCAUUGAUUUUCUUUCUAGGGUGAUGGAAAGAUCCGAUCUCAAUAAAAUGAAUGCGCAAAACUUAGCUGUAGUGUUUGGCCCCAAUUUAGUAUGGUCUGACCUACUAUCCAUAACAUUGGCUUCUAUUGGACCUAUAAACAUGUUUACCCAAUUUUUACUGCAGCAUCACAACGAAAUUUUUAUGAUUUAAAGAAAAAAACACAGUAAGAAUUUUAGGAAGCCCCUGUGAUGGAUUUUUUUUAUUUAAUAUAGUACAGCGAGGACAAAAUAUUGGCAAUUUCAGAGAAACAAUGCGAUCCGGCGUUAGAGUUGAUUUAGAAAUUACGAUUGCUGUCAUUUUAUAUGUAAAAUGUGUGGAGAAAGUCAUCUAUUAUUUCCGGGCAAACUUGGCCAUCUUUUUUUCAAUCAUACCUUUGAAUAAAAAGAUUAAGAAAGGAGUCUAUUAAAAAUUUUAGAUCGACAGCGACGGGACUCUAAAAUGGCAGACUUAAAUUCCGGUUUAUCAGUGCCGUUCUAAUUUUAUUCAAAACGUGUAAAAAUAUGAUGUAGGGUAGACGUGGGUAGGUAGACUCAAUAAUUUGUUUUAUUUUAGGUUGUCAAUAAAUGUUGGUAGUUUUUAAAAUUGUUAUAAAAAUAUAUAAUUCUUAUAAAAAUAAUUAAGUUUGGUUUGAUUAAAUAAUAAUUAUUUAUUAACACAAACAUCCGAUUCGCUACUGAAGCAGGUAAUCAAAUUGACGUAUCUAGAUUCUUUAACAUCUAAUCUUUGAUAAGUAGUAAACAAAACUGAACAAUAUACAUACAAUAGCAUUAUACUCCUUCUUAAUCUUUUUAUUCAAAUCAUCAUGCAGUAUUUAUUACACACAGAAUAGAAUGAUCAUAAUUAAAAUCUGAAAAUUAUAUGUAAUUUAACCAAGUCAUAUCUGUGUGUAAAAAAAGUUUUUAAUAUUUCUGAAUUUGCUUUAAUUUGUCUGGUACUGUGUAUGCAAGUCUACAUUAACUUAAGUUGUUUAAAGAGACUAUAUAGUGUCACAAAUUACAUAUACAAAUGUACAAAUAUACAUAAUUAUAUUAAUAUAGAAUGAAUUCUAAUAUAUACAGCGGGUUUAUCAUAAAUAGUUUGUUGUUACAAGAAAACUGGUUGUCCCAUACAAUUAAAGAAAUAAUACAACAGACUGAUAUUCUGUUUUUAUUUAAAUAGGGUUUAUAAAGACAGAUAUACUGAAAUAUUUCAUUCACAAUUAUUGAAUUAAAACUUACGUUCCAUUUCUUAUUAAAAUAUAUUGAGGGUUCAGAUUUUUUAUUUUCAUUAAUAUUAAUCAGUUGUAUCUUUAAAAUUAUUUGUAAUAAAUAUAUACCUAGAAUCGAUUUUACAAAAAGAAGCUGUUUUGAUUACUGCUAGGUAUGUAUACUAUAUUUUUUUAUAAUUUAGAAAUGUAUCUUAUUUUUUAAAAUAUUACACUCAGAAAAUAUAACAAGUAAACCACAAUAAAAUUGUGAUACCUUUACAUAUUUGGUGUAAUAUGCAUGUAUUCCAAUGUUAAGCUUAUACAAAUUCUAAAUAAAAGCAUGAAGACUUAAAUCCCACUUAGAUUGUAGAGACAAAAUGAUUAUAGCCAUUUUAUAUUGGGAAAAUAGAAGUUGGUCUUGUAUUAGCAUUGUAAAAAAUUUUAACGUUAAAUAUUUAAGAUUAACUUCUAAAACUGUAGUCAAAAUACCAAAGAAAAAAAUAUAUAUUCUUUACACAGAUAAAUGUUAGACAUUUCAUAAAAUUGUAGAUGUAUUAGAAUUUGUUAAACAAUUAAUGCAUUUAAUUCAGUAUUAACAAUGUUUUCUUUUUAAUAAUACUAUUUUUGUACAUUUAGAAUUUUUAUUUUAAUUAAUUGUUUAAGCUAAUAUGUUGUACAAUAAAACUUAAGAAUAAAAUGUGCAUAUACAA